AACCUACAGGGGCCGAAUCAGCAGUUGGGAACUGCCGGCGGUGUUUGUCAGUGUCAGGAUAAAAGAAAGAAGAAGAUCAUUUUUCCCCACAAAAAGGCCUAGAAUGACAGAUAGGAAACCGUGUAAGGUGUGCAAUUUCACACGACAAAAAUCAUAUGGGUUGGUAGUUCCCUCCCUGAGUGAGCUGAAGAUAAAAGGGUGUGAGUUCCUCGGGUUCAGCCCCAGUGACCCGGUCACAGUGGUCCUAGAGGAUGAUGGGACGAUAGUAGAGGAUCAGUCCUACUUUUUAUGUUUACCCUCAAACACAAAGUUCAUGCUGUUGCAUGAAAAAGAGUCAUGGUCUCCAGUUCGCAGGAUUGAUGGUGGCACGGCCUGGAUGGCCAGGGAAUCUGUGACGCUGGAGACUGAUUCUCUGGACGGCUCCAGUGCUGUAGCACGCUGGUGGGACCUGGCCCAGCAGCUGAGGCAGGACCUGGCCAGCAUCAUCCUCAUGUCUGAGGCAGACUUACAGACCUUAGUAGAUGCCCCAAGCCCUGAGCUAGCCUCUGCUCUGGGCUUCCAAGAGAAGAAGGCCGAGGACCUCAAGGAGACACUGCAGAGGGUUUUGGACCGAAGAGAGGAAGAGAGGCAGUCCAAGGAGUUGCUCCAGCUCUACCUCAAAGCUGUGGAGAACGAGGACAGACAGCAGGAAGAGUCAAGUCAGUCCAGCCAGGGAGGGGCUGGAGACAUGGAUAUGCCAGACGGCAUGGAAGUGGACUCUGCAUCUGGAUUCAUGUCCCGGACACUGAUGGUCUUGAAAGGCAAAACAAACCCAGAGACCAGGCUCUCCACUGAAGAUCUGCAGAUGGUAGUGAGCAGAGGGGCUGAAGCUAUGGAGCAGGUGCUGGGCUGGGACAGAACAAGGACGUCAGCGUUGCUGCAAGCCAGCGAAGCCGAGCUGACCAGACGUCUCCAGCAGGUUCAGGCCGUGCAGUCCAUCAGGAGCAGCACACAGCUGGACCGGCAGUCCAGUGAGAAGAGCACAGAGGAGGGCAAAGAAACAGCAGCCCAAGGCAGCAACUAGGCCGAGGCUUCACCUGAGCUGAGACUGAUAAGAAUUCACACUACCUUCCUCGGGGUCAGUAGAAUGGGAUUUACCCUGUGUAAGUGAUAAUAUCCGUAUUACUGGAAUCCAUGAAUGCUAAUGAUGAUGUUUGCAUCAGUUUUGUAAAACUCGAAAACCACUUGAAUGCUUUUGCCUGAAGAGGAAGCAGAUUGAUUUGCACAAGUCAUGUUUAUCAAAGAUAUGGUAUAUUGGCAUUAACCACCGGCAUCAACUUUCUAUUGGCUCCUUAUUUUGACUGUGUUCCAUGCUAUGAAAAUAAACGUACAUAAAUAUAAAAAUAUCCAUGCGAAAACUUAAAGCAAUAGUUUGACAUUCUGGGGAGUAUGCUUACCUUUUUUUUUUCUUGCUCAGAGUUAGAUGGGAAGAUGUUAUAUCUCUAUAUUUUUUAUUUUAUUUUAUUUUUUAACCUGUAGAGUGCUAUCGAUCUUCUCUCGGUAAGAUAGCAUGUUUCUCAACAUGUUGAAUCAACCUCCCAGUAUUAUUGUUUACGUUCUGCUCCUCCUUUAACGCUGCCAAUUAAGACAGAAAGUAUGCACUGCUUUUUUUAGAACCUAGGCUAAAUAUAGGUAAGAAAUAUACUUUAGCUAGAGAAACCAUGUUGAUCUCCAGCUUAUGAUGAGUAAAAAAAAAUAGACUAUUUUGUGUGAGUUGGGAAUAAUUUACAUGUGCCAUCACUGAAAUGGCAUUUACAUAUUGAAUACAGGGGAUCUUUUGGGGUGUUUAGCAUAGCAGUGUGUUCUUAUUUUUUUUUAAUUAGCUGGCAACCAGGCCGGUCCUUUGCCUCAUAACUUGCUCCUGCUUGUUAUCUUCCCCAGUGACCCCUGCAAAAAGAGACAAAUGUUAUGUUCCCACUACAGUUCCAUAGUUCUACCUUUUGUCUAAUCAGUUUUAAAGUGUAAUAGUAGACUCUUAAUAUCAAGCAUUUUAUAACUUGAGAUGAAUAACGCAACCCAGAGUCUAGAGACAUUUUUCUUUUCCAUUUUGCCGCAGUCCUCUUGUUAUGUGCUACUUGGUGUGAAAUGUUAUCAUAAACUGACCUGUAACCAUUAGCGGAAUCUGUACAUGGAAGAAUGAAUGAAUGGUAGAAAUAUAAUACGAUGAGUACAUAAACUCUCCACCCAAGACACAAUACUAAAGUAACUUGCUCAGCACUGUGUAAAAGCUAACUAUGCAUGAGUAAAUACAUCUAUUGGAAUGAAUUUAUCAUACCAGCAAUAAAGAGUUGGACAAAAUAAGAUGUGUGGCACAUACAUGUAAGCUUCACUGAACACAUUAUGGCUGACAUUAUGGGUGGGAAUAACAAAGCUUCAUCUCUGAAUUACUUAGAACCAAUAUUUCUGGAUGAGUGCUCUGUAAGACUAUCAAUUAUAUACUAUUGUGAAAUGUAUGUAUCAUUCUAGUGGCUGGGUGAUAUGCGACGGUGUGUACAACGUGCGCAGGUCCGGGUGACUCACAGGUCAUGGAAAAGAUGGCCUCUGUCGUGCCUGUCAUCUCAUUAUCUGUCUCUUGAACAAUGAACACAAAUGAUGGUGGAUUGCAAUUUCCGGAAGGAUCAUCUUUUUGUGUUGUGGCAAGAUUGAGAUUUCAUUAUUGGCCUGUACUUUAGAAUUAGAUACAGAGAAAAAGUCGAGGAUUCAUAAAGAUCUCCUAUAUAGUCAGUAUUAUGUCUAUGUACGGCAAAAAAGGUUGAGCCUUAGUGCGUCAUGCGGUUUCAUCAAAAGUAACCCGUCUCUCUGCUGUUUUAUGAUAAACCCUGUAGCAUCUGUUCUAUAUGAGUUCUCCAACACAUUCCCAUUUUGUAUUUAAUUUAAACAUGUGUAAGAAUUGUUACACAGGGAAGUUGUAUAUGACUACACAGUAUGUGAUUUAAGGUACUUUUUAUACACAUGUUGAAUGGUGGAAGGAGGGAUUUUCUGAAAUAAACUAGCCAACAACCCUU